AUGACUUUCGCGACGUUCUUGGAUUUUGCAGCUGUUGCUAUCGCCCUGCUAGUCACGCUGGGUCUCUAUGAACGAAAACAUAACCGAGCUUUGCCUCCUGGUCCUCGUGGGUGGCCAUUGAUCGGUAAUGUCUUCGACGUGCCCAAAUCCCAACCAUGGAAGAUGUUCGCGCAAUGGGGAGAUCUGUGGGGAGACAUGGUGUACAUGAACUAUUUGGGACAGCCUAUCGUGAUCCUGAAUUCUGCACGAGCAGCACGGGAGAUGCUCGAGAAGAAGGGCGCGUUCUACUCCGAUCGUCCUGUGUUCACCUUCUUGGGCAGGAUGGUAGGAUGGGAUAACAUCAUGCCAUUUUUGCCUUAUGGUCCCCGCCAUCGCGAGUCCCGCCGUCUUUUCGCUCCCGUCCUUGGAAGCCGCACAACUUUGGAAAGAUUCAUUCCUCUCAUGGAGUACCAGAUAUCACGAAUUCUGCCCCGUUUGAUACGUUAUCCUAACGAUAUCGUGGAACAGGUUCUCAAGACUGUCACAGGCGUCAUUCUCAGCAUGGCGUACGGCUAUCGGCCUCAAGAAGAGAACGACCGGUUUGUCCAAAUGGUCAAGCCAGUUAUUGAAGACUUCUCUCUAGCAACGUCACUUGGAGCAUUCUUAGUAGACUCGAUCCCUCUGCUGAGGUAUGUUCCGGCGUGGAUGCCAGGGGCGAAUUGGAAGAAAUCGGUGACGCCGUGGCGACGGCAUCUUGAGACGUUGGCUGAGGAACCCUUUGCUUUCGCCAAAGAACAGAUGGCUUCCGGAAAGGCUGCUCCCAGCUUUGCAUUCGCAUAUCUUCAAGGAGAUGUAAGUCCCGACCGCGAACUCCUGGUCAAGAUGGCUGCUGCAUCGAUCUUCAGCACCUUCUUUGUAGCGAUGCUGCAAUACCCCAACGUCCUGAAGAAAGCUCAGCAAGAGAUCGACACUGUGAUUGGUACCGACAGAAUACCGCGUGUGGAAGACCGUGAUGGACUGCCUUACGUGAAUGCUUUAGUUUCGGAGGUAUAUCGAUGGCACCCUCCCGUGCCGUUAGGUAUGCCCCAUCGUCUGACCAAGGAUGACGUGCACGCCGGCUACUUCCUCCCAAAAGGGACCAUUGUCAAAAUGCUCCACGAUCCUGAGGUUUAUGCAGAUCCCUUCACGUUCAAUCCCGAUAGAUUCUUGUCCUCUGGGAACACGAAACCUGAGCCGGAUCCUCGCGAGGUUCUGUGGGGCUUUGGGAGACGUAUUUGCCCAGGGCAACACCCAGCAGACACGUGCAUAUACUUGAUAUUGGUGAAGAUCAUAGCGACGUUCGACAUCGUGAAACUUCGAAUAAACGGUGUAGUCGAUGAACCACCGGCAGAGUUCACUACGGGAACAGUGAGCCGCCCGAAACCAUUCAAUUGCGUUACAACGCCUCGUUCAGCCAAGGCAGAAGCGUUGAUACAUGAGAUUGCUUUGGAUUGA